AUGGGGGAACACGUCGAGAGGACCACCAAGCUGCUGGAUGCGAUGACCGACCGUCAUUGCCAUAUGGAGCAGUCGGUCAACAAAGUCACUGCCAGCCAUGCCGAACUCUGCAGGAGGCUUGAGAUGUUGGAGAGGAAGUUUGCUACAGCCAGUUUUUCCGGGGGAAGCACCCGGACUUCAGAAGGGGGAACCUCCGAAGCUCUGCCUCGACCUGCCAUCGUUGUUGGGGGGUGGGAUGCCGAGCAAAGUUCGGAAGAGACUCUGCAGGCAGUCAAACAGCAUCUCUCCGACCUUCGCUGCGACCUCGACCUCGACGACGCCUUUGUGCCAGGACUGCGCCGAGGUUUUGCCAUCGUUCCCAUCGAAGCCAGAGCGGGGAAAGCCACGAAGCUCUUCAAACAGUCCGUGCAGGUUACAGGCCAGACGCCCCAAGGCGGGGAACGCUAUAUGUGGGCAGCCAUGAGUGAAAGCCCUGAACGCCGCCGACGGACCAAAAUCGCCUCCGCCGUUAUGAUGGCGCCGGCGGAUGCCGACACGCUUCCACUGUGGGCUGGCUAUCCAUGUAAGUGGGACGAGCUGAAGCUUCUCAA